AUGUGGCCUUGCAGGUCUGAGUGCAAAUUGUUGAUGAGCUUCCUGGAUUUGCAGUCGGUGCUGCGCCUCUGGACGGCCGUUCGCAAAGCCCGAGCGGGCGACGAUCUCUUGGUAGGCUGCUGUCUGCCCGCAGCUGAGGAGCAGACGUGGCAACGAUUGAAGGUCUGGAAGAUGCUGCUUGCAGGCGUGCCGGACAUCGACGUUGAGAAGGUGCACGACUCAAUUCGGCAUUUCGAUGAGGUCCGGCGCUUUUGCCGGUGCAUCUCAGAGACGCUGGUGCGUAGCGCGGAACUGGCGCUCAGUGAGCUGGUCUCCACGAGAGUGCGGUCCAUUUUUCGGCUGCUACUGCUGCAGAACAAAGUGUUUGACGCUGAGCUGUCCAUGGCGGGAAUCUUCGAAGUGACUUCCGCAGCUCGUGCUUCAGUUCUGGAAGCGGCGGCUUUGGGAAAGCUCCUUCUCCUUCCAGUACUUCUGACAGAUGAAGGAGGUGAAAGAGGUGCUGGCCGUGAAGCUCCCGACCUGCAGCUCUGGAAGUCGUUCAUGAAUCAGUGUCACGGGGUCUGGUUGGAUUUCUCCAGCUGUCCUUUGGAUCGUGUGGACUUCUUUGGCCAUGGUGAUGCCAUAGAGCUGAAUAUGGAAGUGAGCUGUGCUGAGUUGGCCCACCUGUGUGACUUUCCGUCGAGGCCAUGGAGGGAGACUUUUGAGGCCGGCUGUGGUGUGAGAGGGAAUGUAACGAUCUCGCUGUGGAUCUCGACUGUGGACCUCACAGCCCACAUCCACUUGCCAGAGAAGGAUGGGCACAACCUGCGGCUGAAUUGCAUUGUUCUGGGCUCCGACCUGAAGAAGAUGAGCUUCUUCAGCGAUGAGAAGGGCCGCAUCGCGGUCAACGCGGCCGAUGAAAGGAUGAUCAUCGUAAAGGAUUUGGGGGCCGAAAGCUUCGAGCGUCUUGCCGCUGCAGCACGCGAAUCGCUGGAGUGUACUUGA